AUGUCUGAAGGAGAGGCUCAAGCCCCCAUGGGCCAGGGGCUGCCUAUGGAUGUACUGGCAGAGCAGGUGGAGCUGUGGUGGUCUCAGCAGCCGCGGCGCUCAACACUCUGCUUUGUCGUGGCCGUGAUCCUUGUGGCAGGCUGUGGGGCAGGUGGUGUGGCACUGUUCUCCUCUACCAGCAGCCGCUCAGGUGAGUGGCGGCUAGCAUCAGGCACAGUGCUCUGUCUGCUGGCCCUGCUGGUGCUGGUGAAGCAACUGAUGAGCUCAGCCGUGCAGGACAUGAACUGCGUGCGUCAGCCCCACCACGUGGCCCUGCUACGCAGCGGUGGAGGUGCCGAUGCCCUUGUGGUGCUGCUCAGCGGCCUGGUGUUAUUGGUUACUGGGCUGACACUGGCUGGGCUGGCUGCCGCCCCCACCCCCACCCAGCCACUGGCCACCAUGCUCUCAGUGGGCAUUGCUCUGGCUGCCUCAGGCUCGCUCUUGCUGCUAGCCUUGCUGCUGUAUCAGGUGGGCGUGAGUGGAUACUGCCCCCCAAUCCGAGCAGCAGCCCCCUCCACCCACAGUGGCCAAGAUGGCAAUGGUAGUGUCUUCAGCAUCUCAGGAAGGCUGUCUGCUGGCCAGCGUCAUGAGACCACAUCCAGUAUUGCCAGCCUCAUCUGA